AUGGGUGCCCCCCAAAAGUCCACUGUCCCCACGACGUCAUCAACCACAACUCCAUCAUCCACCAAGCGCAAGCAACCCCACGCCUCUGCCAGCAACAAUGACGAUUCCAAAACCCCUACUAAAAAACAACGUCUCUCCCAACCCAAGGAAGAGAAACGCCUUCGCCGUUUCCGGCCCAAACCUCCCCAAUCCUUCCACGACCUCUACGCCCGCGCCUUAACCCAACGCUUCUUCGUCCUAUCCCGCCACCGCACCACCCCUUCAUCCCUCGAAUUCAGCCCCCCAUCCGAAACAAUUGAACUCACGGGCUCAACAGGCAACAUCUACACCAUCCUCAUCUCCCUCCUCCCCACCUGCACCUGCCCCCACUUUGCAAGAACAAACCAGCAGUGCAAACACAUCAUCUACGUCCUCUCCCGCGUCCUCCGCUGCCCUGCCCAUCUAGUCUACCAACUCGCUUUUCUCACCACCGAGCUCAACCAAAUCUUUGCUGGGGCUCCACCCAUCGUUUCUGGCAGCGCAAACAACAACAACAACAACAACGAAGAAGACGGCAAACGCAAACCAGUCGAAGGAGAUUGCCCUAUUUGCUUCGAGGAGCUUGACACAGCAACAAAGAAGGAGGAGAUUGUCUGGUGCAAAGCCGCCUGCGGACAGAACGUCCACAAGCAAUGUUUUGACAUGUGGGCUGCUACCAAACGGGGGCAAGGCAGAGGGGAGGUGACGUGUCCGUAUUGUAGGAGCGUGUGGGAAAAGGAGUCGGAGAGGGAGAUGAUGAAGAAGGUGAACAGGGAGAAGGGCAAGAGGAGCGCGGAUGGUGGUGGGUAUGUCAAUGUGGCGGAGCAGUUGGGGAUUAGUCCAGUUAGAGAUACAAGCAGCUAUUCAAGGUGGUGGUCAGGGCAUCCGAGUGGUUAUCGGGAUAGUUAUUACUACUAG